ACUUCCGUUUCCGUGAAUGGUGGAGGUUCGCCAUUUGGAUCAGUCUCGAUCGUGACCGUCUCUAAGGUUAAGGGACAGUGAUCGUCGUUCGCGACGGAAGGGAGGCCGAUUACUCCCUGAAGGAAAGCCCGAGCAUUUUGCUCACCGCCGUUCGUGUCACCUCAGUGAACCACUGCAUCGACUGUCGAAUAUCGGCACAUCGAGGCAUACUUUUUACUUUGGCACUGACGAAACAUGGCUUAUUGAAGAAGAUGAAGGGUGCGCAAAAAGAUAACGUUUCUCGGAGGAGAGGAGACGGUGGAGACCGCAGCUGUAACGAAGUGAAUCAUCAGACAGACUACAGUCAAUUCUCAGAUGGAUGUAAAAACAAAAUUUGCGCUGUCCCCCACCGAGGGGACUACUGCUGAUGUGGGAAAGGAUCAAGAUGUUGAUGAGCUAUAUCUGGAAACUUUGGGCAAAGAAGAACCUAAUGGCGCCCACUUCUCUAAUAAUGAACAAUCGGCAAAGUACAAUGUACAGAAAACAAAAGAUUCUAUUAAGAGACAGAAACCUAAAGGACAAUAUCAUGGCGGUGCAGAGGAGAAUUCCAAGGUAGUGGAAGAAAAGUUGCCUGAUUAUGGCUCAGUGUUGGUCCCAAGAAGUAGAAAGGAGAAUGGCAAUCAUUUGCUGAACUUUCGCUAUGAGCGAUGCAUGAUGCGAGAUGCACAAAACAGGGAUGUAUGGAGACAUAAUAAUAACAGUAAUAGAUUGCUUCCACCAGUGCAGCGACAUAAGUACAACAAGGAACAGUUUGUACAAGCUCGCUGCCAAUUUGUCGUGACUGCGAAUGGAGAUUAUUCUUUACAUUUGACUAACCCUGAUAUUCUGGUAGAUUGGAAAUUGGUCGAGCAAAUUAAAUUUCAUAACUCGGAAAAUCUCUCUUGUCCUAUUUGCCUGUAUCCUCUAGUCGCAGGCAAAAUAACUCGGUGUGGUCAUGUUUUUUGCUGGCCUUGUAUUCUCUGUCAUUUGCAUUAUCGUGAAGAAAUGGGCACUUACACAUGUCCUAUUUGCUACGGAUACAUUCAUAAAAAUGAUUUAAAAAGUGUGAUCGGGAUAACACGAUACGCUUUCAAUUUGGGUGACACCGUCAAACUACGUUUGAUGCGUCGUGAAAAGAAUUCGCUGUUCACAACACCUGUAGAAUCCGCGAUACGUCCACCGACAAGAUUUUUGUCCGUUUCGGAAAAUGCUGAUAAUCAAAUCUUCUCGAAACUUCUCCUCGCAAGCGGAAAAGACAUUGUCAACAUCAUAGAGGGUGAGCGUUCUGAAUUGGAACUUGAGCUUAAAGAUAAUCCGGACAUGGCUCCUUAUAUCAAGCAAGCGUUCAAUGAACUGUUAAAACGGGAGGAGAAGCUACUGUGUCAGGAUGGAUUAUCCAAAGAUACUCCACCUACAGAAAGUUUAACGGAAAAAGAAAUAUCUGAGGAAACAUCGCAAGGAAGUGAAGUGGAUUCUGACGUGUGUAAAGAUAAUACCAAAUCUUUGGCCAAGCAAUCUUCAACGGAUAGUGUUUCCAGCGAUAGCCAAUCUACUUCAAGCCCUUCCAAAUUUUCUUACUUUUAUCAAGCCGAGGAUGGACAGCACACUUAUCUUCACGUGGCGAAUGUGAAGAUGUUGGAAAUGCAAUAUGGCAGUUUAGAGCACUGUCCUCCUAUGAUAACGGGCAAACUUCUGGAAAAGGAAGCAAGCAUCUUCACGCAAGACUUAAGACGAAGAUUGCGAUAUCUUUGUCACUUGCCACUUAAUUGUCCGUUCGAAUUAGCGGAGAUUGAAUUGAAACCACCGCUUGUAUCGGAGGAAGUUCUUCGGGUUUUCCAAGAACAACUGAAUUUGAGAAAAAAACAUAGAGAACAGAAGAAACGCGAGGAGAGCAAAAUGGAGCAGAAAAGUAUAGAAAAAGCGAACAGACAAAUUGGUAUAUAUUCGACUCCCAAACUGAAUAUUGGAUCGUUUCAACAUUUCCCUCAGUUGCAACCUGAAUUACUUUCCAAUGAAUACGCACUGCCACCUUCCGAGUCAGCCACAACAAGUAUUGCUAGCAGUCCACCUUUAAGUGCGUUUGAAGAAAUUACUACGAAACAGGAAAUAGAUAAUUCGCGUGAACAUACUCGGACAUUCGCCGACAUAGCAAAGUUAACAUCAACGAUGUCGGUAAAGGCGCACAAUAAACCCACCAACGCCUGGCCGGCCGUGAAAGCGAGAGCAUCGUUCAACGACGAAGAGGAAGUACUGUCAACAAUAGCAACAAGGACGCAUAAUAAAUCAACCAAUGCUUGGCCGUCAGUGAAAACGAGAACGUAUUCCGGUAUCACGAGUACAUCGUCCAGUAAAAAUGAAAAUGAAGUACCGUCAAUGACAUCGACAAAUGCACAUGACAAACCUGUGAAUGCGUGGCCACUUGUAAAAUCAAAAACGUAUCCUGACGCAACAGAUACGCCAUUCAACGAGGAUAAAGAAAAAUAUGCUUCGGAACAAGCAAGAGACGAUGGUAACGCAGCUGGCAAGAAGAAGAAGAAAAAGAAAGGGAAAGGAACCGUAUUAUUUACAACUGCUCUCGCCACCAAGGUUUAACGUCGUAUUAAACGUACGCGCAGCAUACGUAUUACAUAUCUUUAUUUCUGGAGUUGUAAUUAUUUGCCACAGGGUUCUUGCAUAUUGUGCUUACAAAUAAAAUUUUACUUCAUUUA